AACCAAUUCCAUCGUCUUCGCCUCUGGUACCGACGCUCGAGUAGCCAGCCUCUCAGUCGAGUUCUGGUCGACUCUCAGUCCUCUGAUCGAUCGCCCGUCUGAGUUCUUCCAGAGGCACUGGUGAGCUAGCAAGAUGGGUAAGGAGAAGUUUCACAUCAACAUCGUGGUCAUCGGGCAUGUGGACUCAGGAAAAUCGACCACCACGGGUCAUUUGAUUUACAAGCUGGGAGGUAUCGACAAGCGAGUGAUCGAGCGUUUCGAGAAGGAGGCAGCUGAGAUGAACAAGAGGUCGUUCAAGUACGCGUGGGUGCUCGACAAGCUCAAGGCUGAGCGCGAGCGGGGUAUCACUAUCGACAUCGCCCUGUGGAAGUUCGAGACCACCAAGUACUACUGCACCGUCAUCGAUGCCCCGGGACACAGAGAUUUCAUCAAGAACAUGAUCACAGGAACGUCGCAAGCCGACUGCGCCGUUCUCAUCAUCGACUCGACCACCGGUGGAUUCGAGGCCGGAAUCUCCAAGGACGGGCAGACUCGCGAGCACGCGCUGCUGGCUUUCACCUUAGGGGUGAAGCAGAUGAUUUGCUGCUGUAACAAGAUGGACGCCACCACUCCCAAGUACUCGAAGGGCAGAUACGAGGAGAUCAAAAAGGAGGUGGCGAAUUACCUGAAGAAGGUGGGAUACAAUGCCGAUAAGAUCCCCUUCGUGCCAAUUUCUGGAUUCGAGGGUGACAACAUGAUCGAGAGAUCCGCGAACCUGGAAUGGUACAAGGGCCCGACUCUUCUCGAGGCUCUGGACGCGGUGACGGAGCCCAAGAGGCCGUCCGACAAGCCAUUGCGGUUGCCUCUCCAGGAUGUGUACAAAAUCGGAGGCAUUGGAACUGUGCCCGUGGGUCGCGUCGAGACUGGGGUGAUCAAGCCUGGUAUGCUGGUGUGCUUCGCCCCGACGGGACUGACCACGGAGGUCAAGUCGGUGGAAAUGCACCACGAGGCUCUGUUAGAGGCCUUGCCCGGGGACAACGUCGGAUUCAACGUGAAGAAUGUGGCAGUGAAGGAUCUGAAGCGAGGUUUCGUCGCUUCGGACUCCAAGAAUGAUCCUGCGAAGGAGGCUGCCAAUUUCACGUCCCAGGUCAUCAUCAUGAACCAUCCUGGACAGAUUGGAAACGGAUACGCCCCAGUUCUCGACUGCCACACUUCCCACAUUGCUGUGAAGUUCGCUGAAAUUAUGACCAAGGUGGACCGUCGCUCUGGGAAGGAGCUCGAGAAAGAGCCCAAGUUUCUGAAGAAUGGAGACGCAGGAUUUGUCAAAAUGAUUCCCACCAAGCCCAUGACGGUGGAGACAUUUGCGGAAUACCCACCGCUUGGUCGAUUCGCCGUCCGUGACAUGAGGCAGACUGUCGCAGUCGGAGUUAUCAAGGCGGUUGAGAAGAAGGAACCUUCAGGCGCCAAGGUCACGAAAGCAGCUGCCAAGAAGAAGUGAGCAGCAGCACUUCGACAGUUUUGACAUCAGGACAUCGGAACAUCCGAAUUCGAGGUCGAUUCGGAAAUGCUUUCAAUACCCGCCAUCCCCAACUCAGGCUUAUAGUCCACGAGAUUCCAGCAGAUCUGAAUUUGCCAGAUAGAUGAGAUUGUCACUUGUAAAAUACGGUAGCCAGUGAUUUAGAGUCUUCAUAUGCCACUUCAUUCGACAUAAAUUCACAGUCAUGAUCAGUAGCCCUUGCAAUCCACCAGUUGCAGUUCACAGACCAGAUAAGAGAGACAGGAACCCGAAGAGCGAACACGCUGAGGUGCAUAACCUCAGAGAAGCAGACAGUCUCUCAAAGACGAGCCAUACAGGAAGGGGCCGGGAAUGAUUGCAGUGUAAAAGCAAUGUAUCUCAGCCAGAUUAGGCGAUCAAUCUGGGGCAAAGCAAGACGCUACUGUAGGAGGUGCAGCUCCUCGCAUGGUUGAGUAGAGGCAAUAAAGGUUUUAGUAUGAAGCUUUGAGACUAGAGGAUUUGUAUUAGCGUCUUGAUAUGAAGCUACAAUAUUCACGUUCAUUUUUUCCGUUA